CUCUCUGUACAUAGAAAUAAAGAAAUAUUUCUUGAUUUUUAAUAUAAAACUAUUUAAAAGUUAAAUGGAAUCUAUUGUACACGAAUGCACACAUAUACGUUGAUAAUGAAGUCAGACGUAUAGAAAAUCAUGGUGGUUUAAACGUAACAGUAGUUUAGUUACGAAAUAUACGUAUAUUAUAUAUUUUAUAAUAUUUUCGAUCUGUUAAGAAAAAUAAUGCGGCAUGGCGAAGGACAAUUUAUAACUCCCGCUAAAAAUUCGUAAAAAUACAAGUGUUAGUUUUUACUAAAUACACCCUUUUGAUUGGAGAAUAUUUAUCGUAAAGCGCCAUCUCGGACUGCAUAGCGUCGGCGCGAUAGGAAAGCCGGUGGUUAGUCGCUUUCGAACCAUCGCCUCGUACGUUCGUGCGCGUUCGUUGAAUUUUGAUUUCUGCAAUUUAUGACUCGAUUUAUGUGAUAAAAAAACUAUUGAGAUUGAUUGACCAUCUCGAACAAAGUGCAAAAUUCGAAUAAGAAAGGAGAUUUUUUUGAAAUAAGGACGAGAAUGGAAAAGGGUGGAAAUGUCGCACUUGAUUCGUUGGAUUUCGUUUAAAUGAAAAAAUAACCUCGCAAUGUUACUUGUGUCUACACAUCGACGAAUGGAAAUAAAAUAAUCGUAAACGCAUGAUCGCAAUAUAAUAAAAUAAUCGUAAAAUAAUCGAUCUGUGAUUCGAUUAAAUUUAACAUUUAUAUUUUGAACUUACUAUACAAAAUAUAUACGAUGGAGAGAGAGGGUCGGGUGGACUUCGGAAGAAGAGGAUUGUUUUGGUCGAAUCGGAGAGAUCGCGAGUCGACGGACGAGUCGAUCGCAGAUUUGGAGGCCGAAUUGAGGCGAGCUUAUUGGAAGAAAUCGUUGAAGGUUCAGAUCGCAUCAAAAGAAGCCAAGAAGAGUUUGGAUAUGGCAAAGGGUCGUUUGGAAACGGAGGCGAAUAGAUUGCGCGCGUCGAUCGAGUUGGAGGAGGAGGCGCGUAGUCGUCUCCGAAGGAUUGCCGAGGCGAGAGAGAGCGCGAGUCGCGAGCUCGCGGAGAGGGAGGCGAGUAAGAGGGAGGAGAGAGAGAGACGCAGGGAGGAAGGGCUAAGGGAGAGAGAGGUCCUCGAGGAGGUCGAGAGGAGGUUGGAGGAGCGCGAGAAGUCGAGGACGUUGGAGAGGAAACUCGAACUGCGCGCGGAGAGGGCGGAGGAGAGGAGGAUAGUCGCGGAGCUCAGGGAGAUUCGUAGGGCGAACGAGAGGGAGGAGGAAGAGAGGAUAAAGAGGGACGGGGAGAGAUAUUCGCGGGAGAUCGAACGAAGGGCGAACGAAGCGAGGAGCCGGGCGAACGAGCACGAGGAACGACGAGAACGGGUUCUUACGUCGCUCCUAUCGACGAUUCUCGAGGAGGACAUGAGAAAGCGAGAGAGGGAAGUCCUCCUCGAGGAACUCGUCCUGGUGGAGAUCGAGCUUGACCGAACGAUCAAGGAUUGGAAGGAGAAAAAGUUAAGAACCACGAGGACCCUGGAACUACUUGAUUCUUUGAACGAACAGAUUAGCUUGACGGAGCUCUGCAAGAUUCAAUUUUUAUUACGCGAUAAGGAAUUCGCCGAGGAGAGUAUGAGGAGAUUGGCCGAAGACGAGAGAACUCUUCGAUUAACGGCCGAAGCGAAGAGAAGGGCGAUAUUGAGAUAUCGCGAGGAUCUCGAACGAAUGAUCGCUGAACGUCGGAGGAUAAGGGACGAGGAAAUUCGUAGGAUCGAGAGGGAAUUCGAGGAGGAACGUAGAAUGGACGAAUUAAGGGCUGAGACCGUUAAGAUAGAACGCCGCUACUUAUUGCUCGAGCAUGCUUCGAACGUUGGAGAAUUUUUGAGCGAGAGACAUCUUACCGAGAGGGAACGAGAUGUACUCGAGCGAAGAACGAGCUCGAUGGUAAAUUGCGAUAGGGUCGCUUUAUAAUGGGACCCUAUAGCUCAACCCUCCCGACGAUGAGACAUCGAUGAUUUCUACCUCUCGAGUAAUAAUAUUCGAUCGUAUAUUAUAAAAGAAAUCGGAUAUACGACGAAUUUCGAGAAUAUCCGAAAAGAAACGUCACUGUCGUUUUUCCGUAUUGCGUUGAGCGUACCGGCAAAUAUACGAGCCCAAUAAAAAUACUGGGAAGACCAGUGGCGUCGGCUCGUCGAAGAUAGCGCCUACUUGAAAUUUAUAGCGGUUGGACGAUCGCCUACGUCGAACCGAGCUCGAACAUCGAUAUUCUUUUACUCGUCCGAGUUUCGAGGAGCUCGAAAACUGCCAAACCGGAUCCGGAUCGCUUCGACAUACUUUGAAUCGCUUUAUUUUACAAAUUUAUCCUUUACUUGUAGUUACCGCGAUGCUUUCUCCUUUUCGAGAAAAUAUCGUUCAACAAUCGUUGAAAUAAUCGAUAUUUUAGCUUACUAUUUUUUUUAAAACUUCUUUAUAUCUUACUACCGAUCUUAUCUUAUACCGCCUUUAUCCGAAUAGACGGAACGAUCUCGCGAUUACGAACGACAAAAGAAAAAUAAAGAAAUAAUAAUUAAAAUAGAGAAAAAAUUUUCUUCUCCCUUUGUACUUUUAAUAACUUCACUUAUUCUUAAAAGCGAAUUAAAUGCCGAAAUAUGAAUCAUAUCUAAUCAAACCAUACGGUCAUUUGUGGCAUAUUGCAAGGGGUUUUUGCGAAUGAAAACUUUCGAUGAGAAUAACCGCGAUGCGCAACGAGGCGAAAAGUUUCACGUAUCUUUCGUUUAGGGGGUUGGACAGCUAAGCGUAACGCCCUAGGCACCUGUCGGCAGAUGUUACUUGACCGUUAGAGAAUAUAUUUCAAAGAUUUUCCCUUCCCAGACGUUUCCUUUAAUUUUAAACUAAUCCAUUCGCUAGGCCGAGCAAAAAACAUCGUAUCGUCCCUUUUCCUCUUAUCUCUUUUAAUUAAUUUACUGAUCGAUUAUUUUUAGAACACGAAUAUAAAAGCUAAAAAAGAAAAAUUGAUUAGACUUUUUGUCGUAGACGUAUCAACGUAUAGACUAAACGUUAACUCGCAUAAUAACGGGGAACAAUGGGAAAAGGGAGGUGCGCGAGUUUAAUGUAAGUUAAAUCUCUGCGAUAGAUGCUCAUACGUAUGUGUGUGUUGCGCACAAACAUUCGCUGCUGUGGGCGAUCAGAGAAAAAGAGAGAGAGAGAGAGAGCCGGAUGAGAAAAGAGAGGAAGCCCUCUUGCCUUCUUCGUUCGCCUUGCUUAACCUCUAUCAUUCUCUUUUCCUAUCCUUCCUCGUGCUUCCAUCUCUCUUUUUCUCUCUCGCUCUCGAAUAAUGGGCCUUCUCUCAGGCCCACGGGUCGGGGUCGGGGUCGAAGCGUCUCUCUAUCUCCCUUCUUCAGUCUCCUUGAUCCUGCUCCUCUGUCUCUCAUUGGUCCCUCCGUAUAAUUCUUCUUCGCGAAAAUCCUUCGAAUAGAAUCGAUCUUCUUUUUCUAUUUUUUCUUUUCUUUCUUUCUUUUUAUUUUGUUUUGUUUUUGUUUACCUUACCAUUUACCGAAACCUAUGCAACUGAAUAAUUCAAUGAUUGAUACGUUUUAUAUCAGUAGCGACACUAUCUCUGAUAUCAACUACAUGUACAUAACGCUUGAUCAAAUUUUUAUAAGAGAUGCAAGGACCUGCAUCGACGUCUUCGCAUCGGCAUAUAUUACAAAUAUGUUACAGUUUUACAAAUAUAUUACGUACCUUUAACGUAUAAAGUUUUGUUCGUUUCGCAAUAAGAGUCAAAUUAAAUUAAAAUCACAAUUAAAAUUAUCAAUUUAUAUAUAUAUACACACAUAUAUAUAUAUGUAUAUAUAUAAAAAUUAAUGACAUAUAUUGGUAUCUAAAGUAAUCGUUUCUUGGAUCAUGUUUAAAGAUGAACGUUGAAAAAAUUAUGUCCUCGUUGUGAGCCGAUUAAGAAGACGAGGUGCGAUGUUGCAAAGAUCUUCGCCAUGAGCGAGAGCCGGGUUUACACCGGUCCAGCCACGCUCGCCGAACGUCAACCGUUCAGCAGGAAUGGGAAGGCACUCAGAGGUUCGAAGAAAAGCGUAUUGUUUUAUACGACAGAUUGCGGCGACGAUAAAGACGAUCGCGGUGUUAAACUGGAGCAACGAUCGGUCUCAUUGACCGCUCUACAUACCAAUACCGGUGCCCAGCAACAACUAUUGGAGCCGAGAAUGGCGCAACUGGAGACCUUGGAGGCGAAGAUGGCGAGUAUCGAAGUAUCCCUUUCGACGACACCGAGAAGAAAGAAGGGUGGUAGUCUAGCUGGUGGGGUGACGUCUUCUGCCGGUCACCGUAAUAAAGAUCAUUAUAAAGAACUCGACGCCCUUCGUGUAGCCCUUCGCGAUAAGGAAAAUAUUAUACAGACACUGAAGGGUCAAUUGUGCAAUAGCUUGAGCAACCGACUAGCCUUGCGAAAUGGUGCUGCACCACCCUUGACCGAGGCUGACAGGAAAGCUACCGAGGAAAGACUUCAAAGGCUGAGACGUGACGCAGACAACAAGAGAUUGGCUAUAAAGAAUCUUAAACUAGCUUUGGAACGUCUGGAUAUAACCGAUAACAUCGACGUUCGCAUACAACAAGCAGAACUGGAAUACAGGCUAGGUCGCGAAGAACUCGAGCUUUUGACUUUACGCGAAGAGAGCAGGGCUCUUCAGACGGCGUUGGAAUUGGCAGAAACCCAAGAGAAACGGAAAAAUGAUACCAUAUACAGCUGUAUUUCCGGGUCAACGCAAGUCACCGUACAUGCUGUCGAAGUCAGUGCCGAUCCAAAGAGUCCUCGUUUCGGUGCUGGACCAAGAGACGAGAUGCCUGGCCUUUAUGUCGAUUGGGCCGUUGAAGAUUCUGGUCUUUGCAAGGGAGACAGGAUACUCGAGGUGAACGGGAAACUCGUUGUUGGAGCUAACAAAAACGAUCUGACGAGACUCUUAGCUGUCGCACCGGACGCGGCACAGAUCGUAGUAUUACGAAAAGGCGAGUCACUCGCUGCACUGCGGACACUUAGAUCCGAUAACUUAAGACUGACGCAUAGAAUCGGAUAUCUCGAGGAACAAGUUAGGGAUUUACUAGCACCGAGCAGAGCCGAACUUCGUGCGACAGAUUUGUCAUUGACCGGUCAAGAACAUGUUCAGGUUUUUCAAAAAGGUCCUCAAGUAACGGCGCUAGUCGCUAAUUUAUCCAGUCCUAAGAUUAGAAAUCCAACGGAAUUAAGACAAAGUUUGCCAACCAUGAGAAGCAGACAGAACGAUCAUGGUAGACACUUUACCACAUCAAGGAGUCCCAAGGAGAAUGAUUUCUUCUCCGACGGGGUGUCUUAUAGUCAUCAGAAGCCGAGAAAUCGGCAGAAACAUCAAGCUUUUCCAUUAGCCAGAUCAACAGCUAGUCUUGAUUGCAAACAGACACAAUCUCAAUUACAGCGUAGAAGAUUGGCUACGAUCGAGUCGGGAAUGGAAAGUCGGAAAAGUCAACAGUUGCAGACUUUGGAGUUUGAUUCCGAACCUACUUAUUAUCGUCAGGACUCUCAAUCGCGUGUAUCCGAAAAUUCAGAAAUUCUGAGCACGUACAGUUCGCAAGAAACUAAAAUUCGACCGGCACCACCUAAAAAACCACUCAGGCUUUCUCUUCAUCGCGCGGCGAGUCUUCAAUCCGUCGAAAGUGCACCGCCUGCGGCAGCGACUCUUCACGAGAGCUCUCGUAAAUCGUCCAAGAGGAACCACCGCGGUGAGCUACCUUCCGUGGAAAAGAGUUCAACGAUGGAAGGAAAUCAAGAGACAAACCACAGAAUACAGGAAAUGCAACUUGAUCUUUCACAGCAACCGCCACCACCGCCAAGGACGCCUUCCAGAGCGGAAUCUUGCCAGAAUGCCUUGCGGUGGCCUUCGCCAAAGCCACGAUCACAUUUGGCUUCUGUAUCAACGGAAAAAUGGUGUUGAGUGUAUUGAAAUAAACACUGGACGAAAUAUCCAAGAAGAAGAUAGAAAUACUCAAUGAAUUGUGACUUGUCGUUCACAUAUUUCACUUACGAUUAGAAGUAGAAUGUAUUUCAUCAAUAUGUAUAGAAUCUCUCGAAGACAGCGAAAAGAUUACAUUGACUCAAGGUGAUAUUUUUAUAAGUGCACAUUUUUAUAAUACAAGAAUUUAAUUUAUCAUCUCA